CUACUAUACUACUAGUUCCGCACGCGCACCCCGCGCUCCGCCGUUUCGUUCACGUCGACGACGACGCUGGUCUUGGUUAUCCGGAUCAACCGAACGCGAACAACGCGAUGAGAUCGAUCCUUAUAACCGGCUGCAACCGCGGCCUGGGCCUGGGCCUGGUGCGGCACCUGAUCGAGUCGCCGAGGCCGCCGGAGAACGUCUUCGCGACCUGCCGCGACGCGAGCAGGGCGACGGAGUUACGCGCGCUCGCCGACAAAUCGUCGAUCGUACAAAUCAUCGAGAUAGAUUUAACAAACACGAAUAGCUACGCGAGGGUCGUGGACACGGUCAACGAAAGGGUAAAUGGCGCUGGUCUCAACGUUCUGUUCAACAACGCUGGUAUUUCCAGUAAAUUCACGCGUCUCGGCCUCAUGAAGAAGCAGCAGAUCACAGACGGUUUUCUCAUAAACACCGUGGCACCGAUUAUGCUGACAAAAGCUUUCCUGCCGUUGCUGAAGACGGCCGCGAAAAAUUCCGAGGAUAAAGCGGGAUUAAGCGUGAGAAAAGCAGCGGUUAUCAAUAUGACGUCUAUCCUGGGCAGUAUUGCUGAAAAUAACGACGGUGGUUUUUAUCCUUAUAGAUGCAGCAAGGCGGCACUUAACGCGGCGACAAAAUCGAUGAGCAUCGAUCUGAAAGCAGAUGGAAUUUUAGUGGCGUGUUUGCAUCCUGGAUGGGUACGCACCGAUCUAGGCGGCAGCAACGCUCCGAUGGACGUCGCCACGAGCGUCGGUUGCAUUCUGGAUACCUUGAACUCGUUGACAGAAAAACAAACCGGUUGUUUCGUGCAGUAUGACGGAAAAAUAUUGCCCUGGUAAUAGUGCUCAAGUAAAAUAUUUAAUCAAAUGAAAUUUUUUAUACAUGUUAUAUAUAUAUAUAUACGAAUUUUUAAAUAUUUUAAAUUAA